GAGUAAUUAAGAUUGCUUGUGUGAACAUUGGCUGGCAAUGUUUGUCGGGUCAUUUCUUAGUAUUUAUCUUGUAUUCAUGUUUCAUUUUACUACAGUCUCAGAUUCAAGGAGUGUAGGGAAAAUUUACAGGAAAUGUCGAGCUUCUUGGUCGAAAUGGAUGGUCAGUAAGACAAGUCUUCACUGGAAUGUUAGUGAUAUUAAUUUAAAUGUAACGGGACGUAAAUGUGUAUGGAUUAAUACCUCGUGUACUCGGAAUCGACAAUGUCCCUGUGAAACACACUAUUCAAAGGAAUUACUGGGUGUCCAAUUACCCCGAAAAAAAAGCCAUGUAUGUGUUCAAACGAAGAGCUGUGGUGUUCUUAUUUGUUCAUCAAUUGUUUAUUUCGGAAGUAAUAUAGAUUCAAACAAAUUGGUUAUAAAAACAUACAAAGUUGAAAAUAGAAUUGAUGAGAGUCAAAAUUUAGUAGGAAUAGUUUAUGUUCCACUUGAUCAUAGUACAUGGAAAUCUCAUGAAGAGGAUAACACUCAGGCGAAAGGAGUAAGUGAAGAAGUGAAGAGCGAGUCGUAUAUUUAUCUUGAUGUUUUACAAACACCUAUAAGUCCUGUACGAGGUAAAAUUUAUUCACCUCUAAGUGAUAAUAAUAAUUAUGACUAUAAAACUGGACACUCACUGAUUUUUAUAGGAUCCCUGUUAUUUUCACUUCUGUGUUUAUUAUUGUUUAUUUCUUAUUUUGUUAAAAUCUGUUACAAAACAAGCUAUACUAACCUUUGGAGUAUGAAGUAUCAUUCCACAAAAGCAAACAUUCUUAUUGAUGAAACUCAAGCGGAAUCUGAUUGAUAUAUUUUUGACGUUUUCUCGUUAUUUUAUCCUCAUAAAUUUUUAUUAGUAAGA